UGCUCAUCCUAUCUGCUCUUCCUCCUCUUGUAGUGUCAUGGCGGACUUGAGCAAUAGCUUGAGAAUUUACGCGGCUUUCUACAAGUUCUUGGCUCUGAUGUUCAACUGAACAGCUUCAAAUUACUGGCAAUUGAUGUCCUAUUCACGAACUAAUGCAACUUUGGAGCAAGCUCAUGAGGAGAGGUCGUAAUUUGCAAAGUUCUUGUAGUCGGUUACUACUGAAGUUUUGAUUCAAGAGUGAUUCUGUGUGAAGAAAUGUCGUACUUCAAACAGCUUGUCAGCAAGAAAAAGAGGCGGUUUCAGGAGGAUGGAUUUGACCUAGAUCUAACUUAUAUUAAGCCUAAUAUAGUUGCUAUGGGGUUUCCAUCAGAGAAGCUUGAAGGGGUAUAUCGCAACCACAUGGAUGAGGUUUACAGGUUUUUGGAACAAAAGCAUAAAGACUCUUACAAAGUUUAUAAUCUUUGCUCUGAGAGACAAUAUGAUCCCAUGCGAUUCCACAACAGAGUUGCAACAUACCCAUUUGAUGAUCACAAUGCUCCACCAUUUGAGUUGAUCAAGCCGUUCUGUGAUGAUGUCGAUGAAUGGCUCAAGGCAAGCAAUUUGAAUGUAGCUAUCAUUCACUGCAAAGCUGGAAAGGGAAGAACUGGUGUCAUGAUAUGUGCAUAUCUACUCCAUAAUGGCCACUUUAAGGACACAAAAGAGGCAAUGGAGUACUAUGGCAAUGCCCGGACACGCAAUGCCAAAGGUGUCACUAUUCCCAGUCAGCGGCGAUACGUGGAGUACUAUGGAUACCUUUUGAGGAAUGGUCUCACCUAUGUCCCAACAAUGGUCCUUCUCCGAGGGUUUGAGAUCAUAACUAUACCAAAUAUGCAAGGGGGCAAUUGCUGUCCAUUUUAUAUAAUCUGGCAGUACAAAGUCAAGAUUCAUACAUCAAAGCUGAUAGAGAGCUCUAAAAAAGGAGAUACAAGUAUAAAGCUAGAGCUCUCUCAGCCCCUUCCCAUUUGUGGGGACAUCAAGGUGGAGUUUUUCCAUAAGGACACAUUUGGAAGAAAGGAGAGGAUGUUCCAGUUUUGGUUUAAUACCUUCUUCAUCAGCACUGGUGCUAAUAUGACCGAUAGCCGUGAAGGCGAACCCACCAUACACACCUUUAAGGAGUCCAGAAACUCAGACGUCAGAUGGUUUGCUAUUCCUAAGCAGUUUGUUGAUAAGGCUCAUAAAGACAACAAAUGUAAAGUCUUCUCACCAGACUUCAAGGUCAAAUGCUACUUUUCAGAAACAGGAGAAAAAAAGGAAAAAUCAAAGAACUCUUUGACAACUGAAGAACGUAGAAACAGGUCUCGGGGAUCUGACGAUAGUACCAGCUUGGACAGACUUAGCAUUGAUAAUAAUGUUGAUGAAGAUGAUUUUUCCGAUACUGAUGAUGAAGAGAAAUGGGAAGAGGAAGGCACACUAGUUUGACAAUAACAGAUGGAAACUUUCUUACAAUGACAUUGUACAUUGUACAUAAUGAAUGCAGUGUGCUUAUAUAACUUGGAUAGAAUAUAAUUUUUUUCUAUUCUGCAAAUGGAGAACAUAGUGAUGAUCCUAAUGCAAUAAUGCAAAUCUUUUUUAAAGGAAAACUUUUGUGUCCAUCACAGGAAGUCUUUUAUAGAGGCAAAAUAAAGUUAAGAGUUUAGAAACACAUAAAGCUUAAUAUUGAGCCUACCAUACCAUCAGGGAACAAUAUGUCAUGGGAUGGAAAUUCUGCGGAUGUACAUAUACAUGUCUUUUGUACAAUGUAUCCAAUGCAUUUAGUUAUUUCUAAAAGAAGAUUAGUGAGCUAUAGCAUUAGAAGUUUGGAUUAUUCUUGAUGGUGAAGUCUAACAAAAUAAUGAUAAUAACAAUAAAAUUUAACAAAAGUUUACCAGGCUUAGCACAAUACGCUUCCAUGUCGUACAACAAAGUAAUAGUAUCUAAACUUAAUCCACAAUGCACUAGCAAUUAGCUAGCAUAUGAAUAGGAAGUUGUAUUACCAAAAAUACAAACACUGUUGACACUAGAACACAGUAUGCUUCUAACCAUUUUGCAGAUUACAUUUAACUCUAAUACAGCAUAGAACCUAGUAACUCUGGGCUCUCUUUAAAUGUUCACUAAAAUAAGGGGAUUUCAAGAACCCUCUUUGCCAUGCCCUUUCAACUACACUUUGGGGCCCAAGGCAUCCUGGUUAUUGAAGUAAAGGGCCCCUCCCAAGAAAGAGUACAACCCUGUAUUUGUUGCUUCAUUUAAACAACUGUCUGACAGACCUUUUGUCAUUUUUCGUGCACUAAAAACAAUGCACAGGAACUAAAAUGUUAAGGGGUAUACAGAAAUGCCCACUAAGAUUUGUUGAGAAUAAACUAGUUUGCAACAGCUAAA